CACUCUCCCGUUGGGAAGUGAGGGUGUUGCCACUUCCAAUCGUCCUACUUUUGGACAAUCGGCCUCCAAUCGUUGUGUACGGCUCGUUCAUAAGCAAAAAUACAAGGAAUCCAAUGAUUGGCCGAAGAUAAUGCUCAUAGCUUAUGAGAACACACAUAUUCUACGCAAACAUGGUCUUGCAAUGUGCAAGUCACCUACCAUUAGUUGUUUUGCUCUCCGUUGUUUGAGUUAGGAGAAUCCUUGCUAUGAGCUGCAACCUCCUCUGUUGCAGCUUAAACGACUCGGUUUUGCAUUCAAGAGAACUGUUAGGCAUACCUUUCGAAGGUGCUUACCUAGGUUGAGGAGAUGGCACGCUUGCUCUCUCUGUUUUCCUUCUCCUUUCUUUUCCGUUAAGUACCAUGAACCAAGAGGAACUAGCCAACUGUGCAUGGAUCAUUCCAACGAUCGAGGUGUAUUCGUUCUACUCUUCCUUAUUAGGCCAAUGGGAAAAUUGGCCCCUUUAAAGUGUGGGGUGAGUUUAGUAGAUUGCACUUCAUGGAUCCACCUCGACAUAUGGGUUACAAUUGUGUGUGCAUUAUUGCGCAUCAUAAGAAUUUCAAAUUGUUCGAAAUAAUGUCACACUCCCCAAAGCAAUUCCAAAGCUUAUCUUACUUUGAAUUGCUAGUAUCUACAUUAAUACGUGAUCUAGGGAGGCUAGUAUAGGGGCUAUGAAAGUUGUCCUCAUCAUGAGACUAAAGACUAUUCGAAAUGUUUGGAUACAAUAACUAUCACUAACCUUUGUGAGUUCUUAUACUCUUCCAACGGGUCUCAUGCUUUAAAACUUUUAUUGGGGUCGAACGGUAUCUUUAUAUACAUCCAAAAAUUCUACUCACAAAGUCCUAUAAAAGAUUCUAACUUUACAAAUAAAGGUUGGGGUAAAGUGUACCACAUGUGAGGCAAUCACUCAUUGCAAAGAGGGAAUAGGAACGAUUCAAUUGAGCAUCGGUUCGGAGUCAUACGAUGUUGCUUAUCUAGUGCAAUCUCUCGCCGAAUAAAAUGUAGUUUGAGAAAUAUGCUUAGAGGGCACAGAUAGAGCUUCCAACAACCAUCUAUAACAUUGCCUCUCCACACAAUAGAGAAAAAAGAGUUAAACAAAGCCCUUAUGUAGUGCUAAGGUGCGGAAAUUGAUCUUACUUGAUCAAGCCUAUGAUGUACCCAUGUAAACCCACUUCUGCUACAAAAAGCAUAAAAAUCGACAUGCUACUCGUAAAGAGAGGACAUAAAAAUCUCAUUGUCAAAUAAAGAAAAAAAUGUGCUUAAACUUUCAAAUAAAGCUUGCAAAAAGCUUCACACAAAUGUUUUUUGACUUUCGAGUUGAGUUAAGAGCUUAUGAUUGAUAGAGAUUGGCCAGAUUGUCCUUAUGAGAUAUGCACCUCAUUGAUCUGGUCUGAUUUUUUAAGUGGGAGGGUUGACCAUGUAAGCUGCUUAUGAUUCACUAUGUAUGAUCGAAAAUCACGUGUCAUCUUAGAGGUACAGGGUGAUGUACGAUUAUGAGUGUGGUUUGCUUGGGGACAAGCAAAGUUCAAGUCUAGGGUUACUUGAUGACACAUAGAAAGACUAUUUAUACCCUUUAUUAUGGCUAGAAUUGAAUAAGUUUCACAUUUUAAGUGUCAUAAUCACUUGCAUUUGCUUAAUAAUCACUUAAGGUGCGCUUUAGUAGCUCUAGUAUUGUUUUUACUAUUGUGAUGCACUUUUGCUAGUGUUUCUUGUGCUUUUAGAUCAAAGCAUCCUAAUGGAACAUCUUGUACGAGUAAGGGAACAUCAAGACCCAACUACUGGAAAUCAUAAUGCAAGAAUGGAUCAAGCCCAAGAAUCAUCAUGGGAUCAUGGUAAAGGAAACCGUACCGGAAGUCAUACCGGCUCCGUCAGUGAUAGGGUAUUUUGUGGUACUACCGUGGUUCAAUCGUUGUGUACCGGCAAAAUACCAUUUUUGUAAUUAAAUAAUAUUUUUUUUGUUAAAAAACCGUACCGGCAGAUUCGGGAUACCGUUUCGGAAUAAUACCGGAAUAAAACCGGAAUAUACCGGAUAACAAACCUGAAUAAACUAAAUAAACACAUUUAAUAUAAAAAUCAAUCUCUCUUCUUAUCAAUUUUCUGAAAUUCCGUACACGUGUACAAAUAACAAAGAACCAUAAUAUAUCAUGGAAAAACAACCGCAUGAAGCACAUCAUCAAUUGAAGUUCCAUUGGAAGUCACUCUUCCAUAACGCUUCCUAUCGAAAUCACUACACUGAUCAACACAGGGUUGCAUAACACCGAUCACCUGCCAAUCGAAUGAUCAACCUAAGGAUUAUAACCCUAUAAGUAUCAAUUCGUUGCAUCCUACCAUUUGAGUAGCCUAGCUUCCUAAACAAUGACACCCAAUUUACACAUUCAUGCCAAACACCAGAGAAUGAGAAUCAUCUAACUGAAACACAUAGUCCCAACUCAAUUGAUCUCCAAUCCAACUCAUACUUAAAUUGUAAUAGAGCGAUUACAGGAAGACCCACGUUCAUAUCCAGAUUUCCCCCAUUAACCAAAGAACAACUAAAAGGAAAUCCGAUCAUCAAAAACAAAUACAUUUAGCAGCCAAGCAAACCAUCAGAGAUGACAGAACGCACGAAACCAGCUAAAUCAAAGGCCUAACAAUCAGUUUAACCCAGAAAUUCGCACGAUCCUUCAAUUGGGACAGAGUUCAUUUUCUUCUGAUAUAAUAUAUGGGUUCUUCUCUGUUAAUUGCAUUUUGGGUUGUGCCGUUGUGAAGAAUCCCAGAAUCUUACCGUUUUGGGUUGUGCCGUUUUGGGUUUUGGGUCGCGCGUUCUUGAGCAGUCAGCAGUGGAGGAGCGGAUGCCGGAGAGGAGCGGCGGAGAGGAGCAACGGAGCAGAUCAGGUCGGUCGGUGGAGCGGAGGAAAGCAGGGACGGAGAGGAGCCUUGGCGCCGGAGAGGAUCCUUGCCGCCGGUCGCUGGUCACGGGCUCGGCGGUUCCUGGUCGCCGAUCGCCAGAGGAGAAAUGGAGAAGAGGAGGAGCGCCGGGCGCCGGAUCGAACUGAAGAAGAAGAGGAGAACUGCGAAGAAGAAACGAAGGCGGCUGUGUUUCAUUCGAUUGAUUAGGGUUUUGACAAUUUGACCUCUUUUUUUUUUUUUUUUUUUUGCUAAACGACGACGUUUUCUUUCCAUUACCCUGUCCCCGGUUAGACCAAAACCGGGCGGUAUUUCGGUUUAAACCGUUUCCACCGGCCGUCGCGAUAUUCUGCACCCAAACGCGAUAUCGUAUCACCCGUGCUCCGGUUCCCGGUUUUACCGGUUCAACCGGCCGGUACGAUCCGGUUUCCUUUACCAUGCAUGGGAUUCAGUGGACCAAAGCCCAAAAUGGGGCCUUGUUCGCCAUUUUAGGGGGGUCUCUAGAUUGAGCCUAGAAUCUCAACAAAUAUGCCAAUUGUGGUGGCCAAGAUGGAAGAGACCCAAACAAGCUCGAAAAACGUGUUCUAGGCUGACCUUUCCUCCCAAAAAAAUUGAUGCACAGGCCUAUAGAUAGACCCCUAGGCGUAGAAAUUAAGGGGUGACUGGUAGGAGGCAUUAGAGGGUCGUUAGUGAAGUCGAACUCAGAAGUGGAAUAAGUGGCAAAAGGUGGUCUUGCCGCUGAUUCAUUGUUCUGGCCGCCUAUGUAGAGGACAAUUUGGGGUCUUGUUUUGACUAAUGUUAUCCUAGAAUCUCGUGCCUAAGAGAGGCUAGUUUCUUAGUUGUGUAGGUUUCCAAACCCUAGAAGUUCAUUGAUUUUGUAACUCUUGGUUUUGAUAUAUAUGAGUACAAUUUUAUCUAUCCUUUCUCUUUCAUUUCUUUGUUUGGUUUGUUGUUGAUGUGAUUGCAUACGUAAUAUGAGGAAUAUCUUCAAACGAUAUAUCCUUAAAUCUGACUUCGUGGGUUGAUGAGACUGGACACGACAGUUCCUCACGAUUGAUUCUCAAUCAAUCAAUCUGCAUCGACUUACUUAAAUGACAUAUUUGUGUGGUUCAUGUUGUUGCAUAUUAGUCCUGAUAAAUGCCAAGACACAUGGUAUGAAUAAACCUAGCAAUGCUCAAGUAGCUCAUAUGUUGAGGAUCAAGGUUGCUAGUCAAAGGAACUCUAAGGGAAGUUUGACUACGUAACGCCUCACCUACAUUAUUUGAAAGUUCAUGACUGUACAUGGGUAUUGGGCCUUGCUUGGGCCGGCACGGCACGGGCACGCUUCGGGCCCAUUUAUUUCGUGUCGUGCUUGGCACGGCCCGUCAGUUUUCGUGCCAUGCCAUGCAAGCCCAUUUGUUAAUUUUACUAGGCCCGACCCAGACUCGGGCAUGGUUCGAAUCGUGUCGUGCCUAUUCGUGGUCGUGCCAUACUCGUAUUCGUGUUUAAUGAAAAUGACGAAAAUAAAAGAGAUAAUGAAAAAGAAGGUGAAAAUUGGACGGGGGAAAAGAGUAUUAACCGAUAAUGUUUGAGAAAAGUAACAAAUAAGCAGGAAAAGAAAAUUGGAAGUAUAGCGAGUGUGAUUUGGCUUUGUUUAAUUCUUUGUCCAUUUUUACUUAUGUUAGUAAUUACGUAUAUAUCUUUAUGACACUUCUAACAACAACAAAUAAUUAUUUUUCUACUUGUGUUUUGUAAUAUUUGAACCUAUAAUUCUUUUCAUAUUUAUUGUCUAUCAAAUAAAUAUUAUUUUGGUACCAUGUCCGUUCUUUUACUCAAUAAAGUCUCGAAAAUAUUAGGCCCGACACGGCCCACUUAUAUACCGUGCCGUAGGGGUGGGAAACGGUGCGAUCCUGUUCAGACCAUACCAUAGAUACGGUCUGUGGUCCAGACCAAGAGGUUCGAACACAGACCAUGGACCAGAUCAUAUACUAUACGGUCCAGACCAGACCACACCUGUACGGUGCGGUCCGGUAUGGUCUGGACCAGACAGACCAUGUCAAAAAAAAUUAACUCUUGUUCGCCCUCCACCCCUUCACCAGUAUCUAUUAAAAAAAUCUAGUGACCAAUAUGCUAGUGAAACAAAAAAAUUGUGAUCGU